UGGACCCGAUGAAUUAGUCAUCUAAGAAAUAACGUGACUUUUCCGAGAAUGAAAUGAGUAUAGUGCUUGAGCUAAGAAUUUAGUAAUAGCAGUUCGAUUGAUUUGAUCGAACGGCUUUAUUGAUAUUUAUCAGUCCGUCAUAGUUCAUUAGUGCAUCAAUAUGUCAGGAUCUACCUUAAAUGAAGAUAAUCAAAAAUCAUUAAUCGAUACCGUCGGUGAUCAAGUAAAUGAAAUGAAUUUAAAUGAAAGUGAAAAAAAUGAGAUUGUAAAAGAAAAUUUAACAAGUGAAGUCAAGCCGGAAAGUCGGGUUCUUGUUUUAUACACCGGUGGUACCAUAGGAAUGAUUAGAAAUGAAAAAGGCGUGUUGAUACCGAAGGCCAAUUCUUUUGUUAAUAAUUUACGACAAUUUUCUCACCUGCAUGAUUGUAAUUAUGCCGAGAAAAUAUAUGGCAAAACGAGUAGCAACUCCUUUGGUCCUUUGAUUUUACCGGUUAAAACUACGGAUAAGUGUCGUGUUAUCUAUGACGUAUUAGAAUACUCACCACUUUGCGAUUCCAGUGACAUGACUAUGGACGAUUGGAUUCGUAUUGCUAAUGAUAUCAAAAAAUAUUACGACGAUUAUGACGGAUUCGUGGUAUUACAUGGAACGGAUACUUUGAGUUACACAGCAUCCGCUUUGUCAUUUAUGUUGGAGGAACUCGAUAAAAUAGUUAUCUUAACCGGCUCCCAAGUUCCAAUAUUCGAUACAAGAAAUGACGGAAUAGAUAAUUUUCUUACUUCUUUGGUGAUAGCUGCCAAUUAUAGUAUACCAGAAGUAUGCGUAUAUUUUGGAACGAAUCUUAUGCGAGGAAAUCGUACCAGUAAAGUAUCGGCUACAUCUUUCGAUGCAUUUCACUCCCCUAAUUUUCCACCUUUGGCUACGGCCGGAAUAAAUAUAGAAGUUGACUAUCGUUUGUCGAAAUAUCCUUCAAAUCCAGGAAACUUUUCGGUACAUUUGAAAUUGAAUCGAAAUGUCGGUCUCUUGAGACUUUUUCCUGGUAUUACUGCAGAUCUAGUGAGAGCAUUUCUUCAACCACCAACUGAAGGUGUUGUGUUGCAAACCUAUGGUUCUGGUAACGUGCCUAGCAAUCGCGAUGAUAUUUUUUCUGAAUUUCGUGCGGCUACAGAACGUGGUGUUAUUAUUAUUAAUAUUACACAAUGUACAACUGGUUGUGUGUCGGGUACCUAUAAGGCAGGAAAAUUAUUAGAAGAAACUGGUGUAAUAUCAGGUUUUGAUAUGACGCCAGAAGCCGCUCUAGCAAAAUUAGCUUAUGUAUUAUCUAAUAAAGAAUGGGAUAUUAAAAAAAAGCAAAGAAUAAUGCAAAGCAAUUUGCGAGGAGAAUUAACAUCGAGUCAACUUCCGUUCAUGUUUGAAACAGAUUUAGUGAAUGCUGUAGCGAGGUCAUUAAAAUUAUCUUCAAGAGUUGAAUUUCAAGAACUGACCUCCAUUCUUUUUCCUACUAUGCUCAAUGCGGCAGUAGUUAAAUACGAUAUCGACAAAUUAAAAUCAUUGAUGGAAUAUGGUGCUAACAUUUCACAAACAAACGUGGACGGUCGAACUGCUCUUCAUAUUGCUUGUUGUCAAGGAAAUUUAAAUAUUGUACAAGAACUUUUAAAAAUGGGUGCUGACGUUAAUAAAAAGGAUCGUUAUCAUCGAACUCCACUUAUCGAAGCUAUUGAUGGUGACCAUCAUGAGAUUAUUAACAUUUUAUUGGAACACGGUGCUAAACUAGACGAAAAUAAUAUAGGAUAUAAAAUUUUUGAUAUUGUUGGAAGUGGAAACGCUAAACGUCUCAAAUCAUUUUUAAUUGCUAAUCCUAAUGUUUCACAAAUAAAGGAUACAUCUGGAAGAACGUUAUUACAUUUAGCUGCACUUCACAAUGACGUAACUAUUAUUAAAUUAUUAUUAAAUUACAAUGCAAAUCCUGAAUCUAUCGAUAUGAUCAGACACACACCGUUUGAUCUUGCAAGAUUAGUUGAAGCUGUAGACGCAAUGGAGUGUCUUACGUUUUACGAGUCUAUUAAAUAAAAUUAUAUUAUUUAUAUUGAGACAAAAGUCAUUCUAAAUCUUCAAUAUAUCAAAACAUUAAUUAUUUAUUAACACGGAUAAUCAUUUAAUAAAACUUAAUUUAUUAGCCAUAGUAGAUCUUCAAUAUAUACGGCAAGAUAUUUAAUAUUAAUUAACACAUUGAUUAGAUAACUAAUCCAGUAUCGUUCGUAACACUUUAAUCAAUUAAGUAAAAACAAAUUACUAUAUCUUGACAUUUUUAUAUUGUUUUAUAUCACAUAGCAAAUAUCACAGUAUAUAAUAUUUAUAACACAUUCAAUAUCUCAAAUAUAUUUAUUUAUAUUACUACUUACUAAUCUUCAAGGAAAUUAUGUAAGAAUUGUGAAAAAUAAACAAAAAUGUACGAUUAUAUUGAAAUUUAUUAGUUGUAAUAAGAAAGUGUAUUCUCCUUUUUUUUUGGUGGCGAAAAAAAACAGCAUCAAUUAUAUAUUUUAUUCGUUUAAUUCCAUCGAUAAUAUCACAAUAUCAAUAAUACAGAUAUAUUUUUUGGAUGUUGCGGUAUGUAUAAACCCUCUCAGCAAAUUCGUUUAUCUGUUCCUUUGUUUUACUUUGAUACUAGUAUUUUCUUUGUCUUUCUUUUCUUUUUUCUUCUUUUUUUAACCAACACUAAAUUUUAUUAUCUCUAUACUUCAAUCGAAAUACAUAUUGUAUAUAUACAAGUUCGUUUGUACGUCCAUUUAUAUACCGCAGUAUGUAUUUCAAAUGUAUUCAAAUGGCACCUAUUCUCUUUUUAUUUUGGGGAUAUUUAGAAUACAAUACAAUAUUUGUAUAUAUAUAUACAAUAUAUAUAAAUUUAAUAGAGUUCCUUUUUUUUCCUUCAAUAGAAUAUAUUUUCUAUGAAACGUAUAUUAGAAUAAUUUCGCAAAAUACUGGAUCUCACUGUGAUUAAUUUUUCUUUACAGAAUAUUUAACAUGAAUAAAAAAAAAUGGAAUUUGCAUAUAGAAAUUCUACGCUCUAUUAAAAAUAUAAUAAAUUUUUUUUGUGGGGGGAAAAUAUAAAUGAGAUAAAAAAUAAUUUUCAUUUCUUUUCAUCUCUUAUGCAUCAUUUCAUGCAGAUUUCAUCAUUUCGCGCGAACAAAGAAUUUUAAUAGUCUGUUUGUUUUUUCUUUCAAACUAGAACAUUGAUCGUAGGUGGAACGUAUACCUGAGAAAAAAAAAAUAUAGGUAAUACAUAGUACGACUAGUUAGUUUUGUAACGAUAUUGAUUUUUAAAUAAGUAUAUUGAUUCUCCAAUUUCAAAUAUAUAGGAUGCACUAGUAUCAAUUGAUAUUCUUCGUCCGUAUAUAUGCAUGCAUGUACAUAAUAGACUAAUUUCUUUUAUAUUGGAUCUUAGUUUAACCGUCUUAAUAGAAAACUAGCUUAAAAAA